CCACCCGACACCAAACUGAUGACGUGGUUCGGUCGGUUGACCAGAGCAGCAGGAUGGCCGACCAGAGCAGGCAAAUAAAACUCGCUGCAGCUAAGAAAAAGCUGAAGGAGUUUCAGCAGAAGAGCUCCCCUGCCAGUGUAGGAGGAGAAAAGGGCGGAGGAGGAGGUGGUAGCGGAGCAGGGGCCAAGAAGAAGAGGAAGGUGAAGGGACCAAGCCAACUUGAUGCACCUUCAACAGAUAGAAACUCUCCAAUCAAUUUUGACAGUAUUCUGAAAGCACUUAGUCAAAGCAAUGGAGUAGUCCUACCUCCUUAUGGCAACAGUCAGACCUUUGCUGACGCGGAGCCCAUGGGGUCUUCAGUUCCUCCGCUGCUGGAGGACCCAAGGGGCGAGCCUGGUCGCGGCUCACCUGUGUCUAACCCCGCUAGUGCUAACACUACUAAUAACCCUGAGUCUGUUGAUCACAACGCUGACCUGCAGGACUACCCUGAUACCAAUGGCAAUGAGAGUUUAACAGAGGAGAAUAGACCAUUGUCUUCCACAGAGAGCCUGCGACAGCUUUCACAGCAACUGAACGGCCUGGUCUCUGAGUCAUCUGCUGCUUAUGUGAAUGGAGAUACUGCACCUUCUGUCAGUGACAGAGAACUGGAGAGUCGGAACCAGGAGCUGGCAGCCGCCCUGGAGUCCAGCAACCUAACAAACUCUCAGCUCAAUACCCAGCUAGACCAGCUGGCACGGCAAUCUCAGGAGCUCACAGAUCAGCUACAAAAGGAGCGAAAAGAAUUUGAGCAGAGAUUUUCAAAAGAGCAAGGAGCCAUGCGGGAGCAAUUACAGGUUCAUAUCCAGACCAUUGGUAUUCUGGUAUCAGAGAAAUCAGAGCUACAAACUGCACUACAAUACACACAACAGGCCGCACGGCAGAAAACAGCUGAGGCAGAGGAGUUGAACAACCGUCUGCAGGCAACGAAGCAGAGAGUGUCAGAGCUGGAGAGAACUCUCUCUUCUGUCUCAACACAGCAGAAACAGUUUGAAAAGCACAAUAAAGAGCUUGAAAAAGACAGAGACAGCCUGAGGCUAGAGAUGUUUAGAGUAAACAAUGUGAGUGAGGAGUUGAAGCAGCAGAGCUCAGAGCUGUCAGAGCAGUUGAGACUGAGUACGCAGGAGAACGGAGCAAUGAGGCUGGAGUUGGAAGAUCUUCGCAAGAGGCUUGAGAUUGCUGACCUUAUGUUGCAACAGUGCUCUAAUCAGUCAGAUCCCAACAGUGCCAACCAGCAGGUCCAGUUACUCCUGGAAGAGAAGCAGCAUCUGGAGGCACACAAUCACCAGCUGAUGGAGUCGAUUUCCCAGCUGAAGACGGAGAGGGACUGUUACGCAGAGCAGAUCCAGGAGGAGGGCCGGGUAUGGAAGGACAAAACAGAACAGCUGCUAACACAGGUGUCAUUGGUUGCAGAGGAGAGGGACAGAAACAUCAACCGAGUCCAAGAACUGGAGGCCAGCAUCGCAGAGCUAAAAAGUGCUGCAGCAUUAUUGUCCCAGGAGAGAGAGGCGCAGGAUAACGCAGAGCCUCAGUCCUCAGGGCCAUCAGAGAGUGAGGUGGCUCUGCAAGAGAGCCUCAGCAGACUACAACAGGAGAAGGAAGCCCUCACUGCACAGUACCAGGCACAGCUGCGAGAUAACGAGCAGCUGAGCCGCCUGUGUGCGGAGCAGGAGACGCGUCUGGGGGAGCUGGAUCGGCAGGUGGAGAGCCAAGCCCAGGAGGCAGAGGACCGUCGGCGCAUGUUGGAGGAUGUGCAGUCAGACAAGGCCACUAUUAGCCGCGCUCUCACCCAGAACCGUACACUGAAGGACCAGCUGGCUGAGCUACAGAACGGCUUCGUCAAACUGACUAAUGAGAACAUGGAGCUGACCACUGCCAUCCAGUCAGAGCAGCAUGUGAAAAAGGAGCUGGCUCGCAGGAUGGGUGAACUGCAAGAGGAGCUGCACAACGUCAAGGAGCAGCUGGAAUUGAAAAGCCAGGAGACUCAGGGUCUGGUGGAGCAGAGGGACCAGGUAGUGGCCCACCUGCAGCAGUACUGUGCAGGCUACCAGGCCCUGGCCUCAGAGAGAGAACAGCUGCACCAGCAGUAUCUGCAGCAGACCCAGCUCAUGGACCGGCUGCAGCACGAUGAAAGCCACGGCCGUGCGCAGCUGGAGAUCAGUCACACUCAGCUCCAACAAGCGCAGGACCAUUUGCAGCAGUUAGUUAGAGACAAUGAGCAGCUGAGGGCUGAGGUGAGGGAGCUUCUCAGCAGCUCAGCUCUUGCCACAUCAACCAGAGACCAAGGAGAUGGAGUGGAAAGCCAGGCCCAGCAAGAGAGUCCAAAGCAGUCCUCCUCCAUAGUUAUCCCAGAAGACUUUGAAAGCCAGAAAGAGAUGGAGGAGUUUAUCCGUGGAGCUCUGGCUCAGUUGGAGGCAGAGAGGGACGAGGCCAGAAGGCAACUUGAGGAGGAGCACAGGCUCCACAUGGCAGCCCGGCACCAGGCCGCUUUAGCCCUCAGCCUCGAACACCAAAACCACAGCCACAAACCUGCCCAUGACCAUCAUCACGAGCACGAUCACACUCAGGGUCAGCAUAGUCACUGUGAACACAGUCACGAGCAUUCAGAAGGAGGAGUGCCAGUGGAAGUUCAUCAGGCCCUGCAGGCUGCCAUGGAGAAGCUUCAGCAGCGUUUCACCUCCCUCAUGCAAGAGAAAGCUGACCUGAAGGAGAGGGUGGAGGAGCUGGAGCACCGCUGCAUCCAGCUGUCUGGAGAGACCGACACUAUAGGGGAGUACAUCGCCCUGUACCAGAAUCAGCGGGCCAUCAUGAAGCAGAAACACCAGGAGAAGGAGCAGUACAUCAGCAUGCUGGCCCAGGACAAGGAGGAGAUGAAGGCGAAGCUGGCAGAGCUGCAGGAUCUGGUGAUGAGGCUGGUAGCUGAGAGGAACGACUGGUACAGUCGCUACACCGGAGCAGUAGCCGGCGGCGCUAGCACAGUGAACCCCGAUCUGCUUCCCGUCGGGGAGGAUCACACUUGCUCAGAGCAUCAAGCGCACACACACAUGGAGCUUAAUGCAGUCAGUGGAGCAGAAGCCAUGGAGGUCAUUCCUCUGUCAGAGCCCGCCACAGCCCCGGAAGCCCCCUCGUCCCAGACGCUCUCGAGCGGGUUGUCCCAGACCGACUCCAAGCCCCUGGCGCCCAAAGAGGACGGAACGGCCCAGCAGAUCAUGCAGCUGCUCCAUGAGAUCCAGAACCCCCAGGGGGCACUAAGAUCGCCCCCCUUCCUCGGGGAGAACCCCUGCAUCCCCUUCUUCUACCGGCCUGACGAACAGGACGAAGUCAAGAUCCUGGUGGUGUGAGGUGUGGGUGUGACAAAUUCUGGUGUGUGUAUGUGCGUGCGUGUGCGUGAUAUUGGACAUGUCUUGAAGUCUGGGGAAUAUUAAACACCACAGUUUACCAUGUUUAUAGCUUUUAGAUCAUAUUCACGGACACCUCUCAAGAAAUAUGACACCCUGCAAAACCAGUCACAGAUAGAAGAAUGUCUUUGACCCAGUUACAUUAAAAUGCCUGUCUUAUUCUGUGUGUUGGCACUAAUGUGUGCAUGGUUAAAAAGAGUAUUUUCUAUUUGUGGUUUUUAUGUUUUAUGUUUUGUUUUUUUUGUCCAUGAUGCUCUUCCCAGAGAGGAGAUAAUCAGUAUUCCUAAAGGCAAUGCGAUUAUUCUCCUUACUGCUAUUUUUAAUUCCCAUCGUCUCUCUUGUCUCCCAUCUUACACAUAAGUGCAAUAAAGGGGCCGUAUACUCUGUCCCCUCGCUGAUACAGUACUUAAAGAGCUGUCAGAAAUUAGCAGCCGGUUUGUGUGCAACUUUAUUUUAUUGAGAAUCUCAGUUUUACACAAUUCACUGUACACAUGCCAAACAAAAAAAAAAAAAGAGCAUCACGUUUGAAUGUAAUAACCCGGGUAUUUACCUGUAUGUCUGUGUGACGUGAAGAGAAGUGAGGAGAAGGGUGCAGCAGGGCGAAGUCAGAUUGCGUGGCAGAGCGAGAUGUAAGUUAAGUCAGUAAAGGAACUUGGUGCUCAUAAUAUCUUUUAAACUGUAGGAGCUGGUUUAAAGGGAAGAGCUCACUAGUUCCGCGAUCAGAUACAGGAAGAUGGAGGCAGGUGUUGCAGAUCGGUUGGAGCUGUCCCCUAAAAACUACCUUUUCUCUACAUCGUGUUUUUCCUCCAAAACACUGAAGAUAAGUCAUGCGUUUGUACAGUGCGAUGUGUUAAUAUAUGUGAAACGUUUGUGUCGUAAUGAUGUCCGACAUCUUGUUAGACUGAGAAAAGUCGCCACUGUUAUUAUUUCUCAUUCAGUGAGAGGAUCGAUGUAAUUUAAAGACCCCAUGAAGAGAAAACACAUUGCAGUAGAGGUGUUAUUAAGGCAUUAUUUUCUCCAUUGGAGAAGGGCAUCUUAUUCAGAGUGUAAUUCAGAUGCAUGAUAGAGCUUGAGAACUGUGCUGGGGGGGGGGGGGGGGGGGCUGCUUGCCAGGUAUUAGAUGCUAAGGUAUAGUAUUUGGGGUGGUCAUAGGAAGUAUGGUGUCAAAAUCUCUGUAUCUGCUUUUAUUGUUCUUCUUUGUACUUCGACUAUUCUGUAAUCUGGUGCAUCACAAACUAAGGCCACACCUCUGUCACUCUGUCAUUCAUUCGUUUCCUUGACUUUCUUCCUGAGCUCUAACUUCUGUUUCAUGGGGUCUUUAAGUUUCUAAACUAAUUGACACUAUUGAUAGAGCCUGUUCUUUUCUGUUACGUUUUGCUUGUAGUUCUACAUAUCAGAGAUGAAUGAACGCACAUCCUUUAUAACUGGACUGUGUGAGUGUGUCUGUAUGUAGUGUGAGAGUGUGUGUGUGUGUGUGUGUGUGUGUGUAAUCCAAGCUGUUCCCUCUUGAGCAUCUGUUGUACUUUUGUGUAGAGUUCUAUCAGAUUAUACAAGUAUGAUUGCACUAAAACUGUACAAAGCUUCUUGUUCAGCUCUGUUUCUACCAUUGAGCCUCUUUGGAAGAAAAAAUGUGGGAAUCCUAUGAUGCCUCACUCUUAAGCUGAGGGUCCCAGUUGAAGCAGAUGAAUUUAAUUCAAAGUGUGUUGGCGUGCGUGUGUGUGCGUGCGUAUGCGGUGUUGCACUCGGAGGAUGACCAAGGUGUGUAAAUAUGAGCAGAGGGUGAAACAAAUGAGACCGCAAACUUCAGGAAGACAUGAUGUUAUUGCCAAAAGUGUGGGACCAAUCAGAAACUCUUUCCAAAACUAGUGAACUGAACCAGUAUUUUUUAAAAUGUUCCUAUUUUUUUAUUCUCGUAUUGUCUGACAAUGCUUGAAUAAAUCUUAGGAGGAACCCCGACAUCUGAUUCUGGACCCACCUCAUACUUUCCUCUUUACCUGGAGACACAACAGGUGUUCAGCUUUAAGAGAGAGAUACUCAUGCUCACAGAUGUCGAUUGGAGGAUGGAUUAAUUGAUCGAUUUGGUGUCUGAUUCUUUCCCUUUAAGACUAAUAACCAAUAACUACACUGUCACAGCUCAUUUUUCCCAUUUUCAGAUCAACUUUUGACAGAGGCUUAUGAGGGUCCCACUCAUACAAGUCAUUCAAACAUCCCACUGAAUACAUUUAACUCUUAUAUAUUUGGAUGUCUUUGAAUUUUGAGAUCCUCCUGGUUGUGUGUGUGUUUUUUUUUUUUUUUGUCAGGGGAGGAAAUAUUUGUUAAAUUAUUAAAUUGCACACUUGAUAUUUAUCACUGAAAGUAACAGGACAGAAAGCAAUAGUGCAGAUUCUGGUAUUUUAAGCCUGUUAAAGAAAACAAAGUGUAAUUGGACUGUAAGGUAUAUGGAGGUCGUAUGUACUUGGUGCCGUUUACAGGAAGAGUAAACAGCACUGCGUCUACUCUAAACCACAGCACUUUGGCAGUCACAGGUGGUUUUUGGAUAAAGUUACUUCAUCAUUCUUGAUUUUAAAAUUCCUCGCUUCUCUGCAUUCUGUCACUUUUUUUGUUUCCUUUGAAACAUGAUGCCACAAUUAAUUUUUUUUCUCUUGAUUUUUCUCUUGGGAGUGGUAGGACCGAGAGAUAUAUAUAUGUAUAUGAUAAAAUCCUUUUAGCAUUGUUUUGGGGCUUGAAAAAUAAAUAAAUAAAUAAUAAUAAAACAAUGUGGAUAAAAUUACUUCCCACACUUUCUAAUUCACUGUUAAAUAUGCUCUGCGUGAUUGAAACAAAUAGCAAUGAGGAAGCAUUUAUUGUCUUUACUGUAAAAGAGGCUGUGUACAUACUGUAACUGUGUAACAUAUUGUAUAUUCAUUAUGCCUGGUGCGUGGUGGGGGGGAGAGCUGAUCUGCUGGGUUUGCCGGCAGUGUUGACUGUGUGUGUGUAAGUGCAGAGUCAGGGUGUUGGUGGUUACUGACUGGCUGUGAUUUAAUACAAAGAUUGACUAAAAAUGAAAAUAUUAUAUUUAUUUGAAGUAAGUUAGUAUCUCAACUAAUCAGUUUUAAUGUAAAAUAGAAGUGACUGUUAGAUGGAAAUGAAGGAUCAUUCAGAGAACAGAUUUGUUUGAGGGCUGCUUCUGACAGGAGCUUUCUGAUUUUUUUUUUUUUUUUUGUUUCCUUGAGUAAUAUUUUCUCCCCUUCUCCUGAAUAAAACUGAUUGAGCAACGUAAA